AUGGCUGGUCCAGCACCCUCACCAGAAGUGGUGGUAGCUACCGUCAGCAAGGCCAAUGGGCAAGAUAACAAGCAAGUCCUAGAGAUUCUGGGUCAAUACGCGGAUCUCUCGGCUGCCGAGCAAGACAAUGCUUGGCCAUUGUUUGUGGCUAAAGUGUUCUCGCUUGUUUUUGGAGACAAAGCCUUUGUCCGCGGAUCGUCAGACUACGAGCUCCAACGUCAAUUGCCAUGGUCCACAAAUUGCUGGCUCAGCCCACUCAUCAUUCUAACACCUAGCAGCAGCCAACACGUCGCGGCAGCACUAUCCCUCUGCGUCUUAUUUAACAUCAAAUUCUCCGUCCGUGGCGGCGGGCGUCUCAAUCACUCUGGUGCAAACAGCAACGACGGCGGGGUCGUCAUCUCGCUCGCGGAAUUUAACCAAGUCAGGCUUUCAGAUGACCAGAGCACGGCGGAUAUCGGCGUCGGGCUACGGUGGCUCGAUGUGUACAAGGCGCUGGAGCCUCAUGGCCUUGCUGUCGCUGGCGGAAGAGUGCCGCAUGUUGGUGUGCCAGGAUUGAUCCUGGGUGGAGGCAUCUCGUUCCAGAAUAGCCAGUAUGGAAUUGGGGCUAUGGGAGUUGUUAACUAUGAGGUCGUCCUGGCAGACUCGAGCAUCCUCAAUGCCAAUGCGAACGAGAACCAAGACCUGUUCUGGGCCCUCAAGGGAGGCGCUCUAAUUUCGGUACAUCUCCCCUCAGUUACCCUCCUGCAAUCGUCUGACAAGGUUAUACAGGAAUCAAUCUGGUGCGAGGCGCGCGUCUACCCACCAACCGCAUACGAUGCCCUCGCCGCCGCCCUAAUUCAGUACCACGACGCAAUAGAGUCGGACGACAAGGCAACGCUUAUCUGGUACGCCAACGAGAGCGCCAUUUUGCUUGUGCUUGUCUACUGCUCCCCCGAUGCCGACGCCAACGAGAACAAACCGGCUAUAUUCGCCCCAUUCCUUAGCAUACCUGCCGUAACAAGUCUGGUCGCUCCGGCAGUCAGGACGGUCUACGAGCUUGGGCAGGGAAUUGCAGAUGUUGUUUCGACGGAGGCGAAGGUUUACGAAUUCCGCACAAUGUCUAGUCGUCCCUCUUUAAAGGUUUACAAGGCCGUCGAGCAGGCCCGCGCCGAGCAAGCCGCUGCCCUGAAAGGCAUCGAGGGCCUCGAUAUAACAACUGUCUUUCAGCCGAUGUCCUCGCUGGCUAUGAAGAAGAGCGCAAAUACCCCGCUGGGCCUGGAUCCUGUUGGGCAACAGUGUGCGUUUUUCCAACCCCUCCCCUCUCCACCCCCCUAG